AUGGCUCUGCCAAGUGCAAAAGUCUCAAUAAAGCAAGACCCAGGCAGCUCCUCUGACGACGAUGGCGCCUUCGAUCCAACAGCUUCCAGUGGACAUCCUGCAACCCCGACAGCUGCCACAAUCAACAUUAUUCCACAGGAUGAGGACACUGGAGAGGAUGAGAAUCAUGAGCAUGAUCGUUUCCAAACCCGCCUCGAGGCAGAAGUCCGCCUGGUUCGCAAAAUAGAUCUCCGUCUCUGCACCAUUUCCGGCAUUCUUUGCAGCUUGAACCUUCUCGAUAGUGGCAUCAUAUCCUCUGCCGCGGUAACCAGUAUGCUCUCUGAUCUCCAGCUCACGGGGAACCGCUAUUCUGUGUCCAUAUUCAUCUUCACUGUCGCUUCAGUCUGUUGCCAGCUCCCUGCCACAAUCAUGAUGCGAUUCGUGGGCCCCCGCAUCUUCUUCGCGGCCGUUACCAUAUCAUUUGGCGUCAUUACGAUCUGUACUGCUGCCAUUACAACUUGGAAACAAAUGAUCGUCCUGCGUGUGCUUCUUGGAAUUAGCAUGAGUGGCAUUUUCCCCGGUCUCUCAUGGCUUGUCUCAGCCUGGUAUACUCGAAAGGAACAGCAGCUACGCUUUGCACUGCUGCAAUCUGGCGAAGUCAUCAUCCUUGCCACUGGUUCUAUUGUCAACUAUGGCCUCAACCAUCUCGACCACUAUCACUCACUGCGUGGUUGGCAAUGGAUGUACCUCGUUCAAGGUACCAUUACAAUAUUUCUCGGCAUCAUUACUUAUUUUUGGAUGGUCGAUUUUCCGGAUCAUGCGGAAGACUCCUUCCAUUUCCUUUCGCUGGAAGAGAAAGCUCUUGCGAUCUCCCGUAUUAACUCAGAUCGCCACGACGCCGGCAAGCCUGAGCCCUUUACUGUCUCUGCUAUAGCCAUUCAUUUCCUCGAUCUCAAGCUUUAUGCUUUCUGCCUUCUCUUCUUCCUUCUCAACCUUGUCUCCACCGCAUUGUCAUAUUUUCUCCCUAUAAUUCUGCAAAAUGGCAUGGGCUUCAGCGCGAACAAAGCCAUUAUUCUAUCCUCCCCACCAUACUACUACGCUGUUCUCCCGGUUCUCCUCUCAUCCUACAUUGGCGACAAAUAUCGCGUUCGGGCCCCAAUUAUCAUCUUCAAUGCCAGCAGUCUGAUCGCGGGGUUCUGUAUGCUUGGUUUUGUGUCACAGGUCACCGUAAGAUAUAUCGGGACUUUUCUCGCCACGGGUGCCUAUGUUUCGAACUGGGCAGCGCUGAAUGCCUACCAAGCAAACAACGUGGUCGGACAGUGGAAAAGAGCAACAGUUGCGGCGGCAAUCUCUGCUUGCAACGGUCUCGGAGGUAUUGCUGGAAGCUAUAUCGUUCGCCAACCCGAAGCACCUAGGUAUUUGACUGCAAUAUGGGUAAGCAUCGGUAGUCAUAUCCUGAUGAUCUGUAUUGUUUUGACUUGCACCAUAUGGUUCUGGGUCGCGAAUCGGAGGGCAAGGAAAGGACGCUACUUGAUUGAAGGUGUACCGGACUUUAGAUACACUUAUUAG